AUGCAAGUCCUUUCCAGUCUGGCGUUGGUUCUGAAGAACAUUUGGACACUUUCCUUCCUCCGGGAUCUCCUGUGUGAAUUUGUGGGCACUGCCAUCUUCCUCUUCACCAGUCUGGCCUCAGUGGUGCUAUGGCCCCAGCUCCCAGCCUGGGAUGGGAGCCUCUCCAGUCCCACCAGUGAUUAUCAUCUCCAUGACUUGUCCUCAGAGUCCGACCCAUCCUUUCUCUCGGACUCCCAGCCCCUCUCCGAGUGCCACCCUGACCCCCUGCAUGUGGCCUUGGCAUUCGGGGCCUCCGUGGCUGUGGUGUCUGUGUGCCUGGGUCCUGCUACCUCUGGAGGAGGGGUCCACCUGAACCCGGCUGUGACCCUGGCUCUGGCUGCAGGACUGAGGGUGAGCCCCUGGAGAGCUAUCCUCUACGUGGGGGCACAGCUCCUCGGUGCACUCUGUGCUUGUGCACUUCUCAUGGGAAUGGUGCCUGCCCCGCUCAGAGGGCAUCUGGGGCUGAACGAGGUAGGUUUGGGUGUCCACCCAUGCCAAGCCUUCACAGUGGAGACAGCCAUCACCUUUCAGCUGGUGGUCUGUGUCCUCGCCACGUCUCGACCCACAUCAGCCUUCCACCUCCUGGGUCCUGUAGUGGUCGGCUUGUCUGUCAUUCUGGGGAAUCUCGUGGCAAUUGGGUACACUGGCUGUGGGAUGAAUCCUGCUAGGUCUUUUGGUCCAGCUGUGGUCACUUUAAAAUUUCAAAACCAUUGGGUGUAUUGGGUGGGGCCGUGUGCGGGGGCAUUACUAGCUGGCCUACUACAUGACUUGGUGCUCUACCCACGGUGGGGUAGCCCUGGCGACUGGUUGGCUGAGUUUAAGGAACUGUUUCCCAAGGAUCCACUCAAACAGCCCACCACCUUGGAAAACACAGUGGAGUAGAAAUGGAGGCAGUUAUCUUACCAUUGUCUGACCAUUGACCAAAGGUGACCACACACACCAUUCUCUGAUAUCUGACCAUUUGCCACUGGUGUACACAAGUGGUCAUGCUAGCUGGGUCCA